AUCAAAGUACUCUCAGCCAGUUUUUUAUCAGCCAGUGAGCAUUGUCGUGGUCUUAGACGUGAUUUAGUGUUUGCUUUGGAUUUAUCUUUUUCUGUCUAUUCUAUUCUGCCUUAACUCAGCUUUUUUCUAAUAAAAUAAAAUAAUAAUUAUUGAUGAUAAUAACAACAACUAUAAAAGAGAAUCAUUAACUAGAGACGUAUUAAAUAUUCACUUUGAUAAUUAAGUGAUAAAGGUAUGGAAUUAUCGCGUGUAUGGAUAUUACUUGUAUGUUGCUUACUGGCAGUAGGGAAUGUUACAUCCGCACCGAGUCCUCAGGAGCCGGCGUUUGAACUUCCAGUCCAAUUAGUCGGAUUUCCUGUCAUCAUUGCUGCUGUCAGAAUAACUAAUUUCAUUAAGAAAUUGGCCUACUCACUCAAUCCCCAGACUUAUAUGAAACGAAGUAAAAGAUCUUCUCACGAUGAAGAGAUAUUAGAUAUUGACCAAGUUGAGAAAAAAUUAGUGGCCGAAAUGGGAGAAAAAGUUUGCAUUUAUGAGAGAACUUGUGCUAAAUUUGCAGCUAUCGCACUGAAAAAAGGACAUCGUGAUCCAAGUCUUGAUUGGGAUGAAAUAUUUAGCCGAUACAAGUCAUCGCCAGAUCCAAUGAAAGAAAAUUAUCUACUGAGUGUUUUCAUGGGAGAAAUAAUUGGCAGCCCCAGACUUUGUCAUCAGCUUUCCAAGCGACGAGCUUGCGAUAGUGAUCUAUCCGAUUGAUAAAAAUUAAAAUUUUUCACUUACUUAGAAAAAAUUAAUGCAAGUAAUUGACCUCCGAAUAACAAAGCAACAAAACGAAAUUCUCAUUCAAUACCUCAACUAAUCACAAUAUUAUUUCCGUAGAUAUUUUCAUUGGACCCGGAACAAACGUGCUAUAAAUAAAUAUAAGUGAAAUUUAUAUAAGCGAUAAAUAGAUGUAAAUAUGUGAUUUUUUGUAUAGUCUCCUUUAGUUACUUAAUCAUAAAACGUUGAAGAGCAAAGCUGUGUAUUAUCUUGUCAAUCGACAAUUACCUCAUAUUUUUUAAAAUUUUAUUUACGUUAAAUAUUUAAAAUGUACAAUGAGUUUGUAAAAAUUAUUUUUUAUGUAAUUUUUGAGUAAAUAAAUAAAUAAAAUAAAUUA